GUACUGCAGUGGACGUUUGUAAACACUGUAGCGGGAAGGAGUGUGAUUAUUUAAAUGCCAGCGUAUCCUAAUCAAAAUGCCUGGUGCUGUCUUACGAUGCAAGCAGCUGGCCAAUGUAAAGAGGUUAUGCUAUUGUAAACCAAUACAUGUUGGUAAAUUUCUCAAACAGUAUUCGACACCAUCUAGUGCGAGAUUGGAGACAUUGAUUAAGCCUGAGUUGGAUGUAGACUAUCUGUGUAAUGCAGAUAACAAAACAGAAAUUGAAAAUAAUAUAAGGAACCGGAAAGGUGUUGGUAAUAUUAACCGCGUUCUUGAGUUGCAUAAACGAAUUAGUUCACUGUCGCGUGACAGAGAAGAUGAACUGCAAGAACUGAGAAAAGAAUUUGAAGAAGAAGCCUUGCUCAUACCUAACAAGUCCUUCCCUUCCUUGUCGCAGUACGGCGAAGAGCCGAAAGUUCUUAAUCUUCAGGGAGUGAAACCUAGUUUCCCGUUCAAGGCGAAAGAAUUCAGUGAAAUCACCAUACAGAAUCGGACUUUGCGAACGGAAAAUUUGGCCGUAUUUACUGGACACAGAGGCUACUGCUUUAGUGGACAGCUUGCAGAACUUGAACAAGCUCUUGUUCGAUACACCGUGAGGGAACUGUUAUCGAGAAAUUUUAAGCUAAUUUCAGUCCCAGACAUCUUGCCAAGAGAAGUAAUUGAAGGCUGUGGAAUGAACACGAGGGGAGAACGUACGCAGGUAUUCUCAUUGGAUGCACAGCUACAUGGUGAAGAUCUGUGUUUAUCUGGAACAUCAGAGAUGGCCCUUGCUGGCUACCUGGCAAAUGCAGUAUUUGAAGAGACUGCAUUACCUGAGAAGCUUGCAGCGGUGAGCAGGUGCUAUAGAGCUGAAACAUCAAGCAUUGCAGAAGAAAGGGGAAUUUAUAGAGUGCACCAGUUUACCAAAGUGGAAAUGUUUGCUGUGACAAAUCAAACAAGCUCAGCUGAGCUUAUGUCAGAAUUUUGUCACUUACAAGAACACCUCUUCUCAUCACUGGGACUGCAUACUCGUACACUUGACAUGCCUCCACAUGAGCUGGGAGCUGCUGCAUAUCGUAAGCAUGACAUUGAAGCUUGGAUGCCUGGUCGCAAUGCCUGGGGUGAGAUUUCAAGCUGCAGCAACUGCACGGACUACCAAACACGGCGCCUGAAUAUUAGAUACAAGCCAACAGGUGUGCCAGAUUGUACCAUCCAUGCACAUACUGUGAAUGGAACUGCGUGUGCUGUACCUCGGAUGCUUAUAGCUAUAAUCGAAACGCAUCAACAACAUGAUGGGACUGUCAUCAUUCCAGAGCCUUUGCAGCCAUUCAUGAGGGGCAGUACUUGCAUUGGGAAACAAGAUUUAAUACCUGCCAUGCAGUUUAUCAGGAAAAGGGAACUGACUGAGAAAGGCUGAAAGAGAGAUCUAAAGUCACUCUGCUUCAAAUGUUUUCAUUAAUAUUCCAAAGAUACAUUCAAAAAUUAUAUCUUAGAAGCUUUUAUUGAAUAUUGUAGUGAGCAUUUUAUUGUUUGCAAGAUAAGUUAAAUCACAGAAGUACAAGGCUUCUCACGCUGGAAGUAUAUAGCCUAUUAAUCUUCAGCAGAACUUAAGUUAUGUUCAGUGCAUAUUUCUGAGAUAUUAAAAAUAUUUUUGUGAUGGA